AUUAACAACCGCAUUUCAAAUUUCCUAUCCUAGAGGUUAAAACGAAUCUAUUUCCAAGUCGCUCAUCUCCCGUCCAAUGUUUCUGCUCCCAAGUCCCAACUGCCAAGCACACCCAAAUCUCUCUCUCUAGUCUCCCCCCCUCCGCCUCUAAUUGUAGGGUUUUUGCAAUCCAAUUCAAGAGUAAAUUAAUCCAGAGUUCAUGGGAUGCAAAUAAUUACGGUUUCUAAUCGGUCCUAAUGUUGAGCUCUUAUUGCUCUCAUUCUCUAUCCGAGCGAGGCCCUAUUAUCAUCCCUUCCAUUUCCGGACUUGGGGUUAUUAGCAGACUUGGGAAUUCUCCUCUUUCAAUCCGAAAUGCUCAGUUCUUCGAAUCCUAUUCCAAAUUAUCGAAGAAUAAAUGGAAAAUUUCAUGUUUUAGACAUGAGGAUUUUUCUCCAGAGAAUCCCAAGUCUGAUGGUGUUGAACAUUGUCUGCAUGAGAAACUGGUGAAGAAGCCUGAACUCAAUAAUCCAGCUGAUGUUAAAAAGGAUUGGAUUUCAAAUCUUCAGGAGGCUGCAUAUGUUGUGUUCAGGACAAUUCAGAGCCGUUGGACUGUGCCCUGGACAGCAGAGACCAUAAUGCAGGUGAUGGUUCUGUGGGUUGUCUCAUUCUGGUUUAUAGGGUCCUGGGUGAUUCCUUUUGCAGCCCACAUGGCUGGUUUCAGCAAGGAAUCUCUGACAUUUAGAGGACAAGCCUUGUUCAGCCUUGUGACUGACGCAACUGAAGGCCUUGCUGGAAUUGCAAUCCUCCAUCGUUGCUUGUCUCGUUUUCGCCCCCUUCCAUCUGGCUGGUUUAUUUUUAGCCUGAAAGGUAACUGGCUAUUUGAUGUUGCUUUCGGAUGCUUCAUGUUUCCCUUGGUCAACCAGCUUUCACAGUUCAACCUUAGCCUAUUGCCCAUUCUGCCUUCUACUCCUGUUGCUCUCUCAAGUGUUGAGCAGUCUAUUGCAGCAAGGGAUCCAGUGGCAAUGUCUCUGUAUCUGAUAGUAGUUUCAGUGUGUGCCCCUGUUUGGGAGGAGAUAGUCUUCCGGGGUUUCCUUCUCCCUUCCUUAACCAGGUACAUGCCAGUGUCGUGCGCAAUCCUGGUGAGUUCGGUUGCCUUUGCUCUAGCACAUUUCAACGUACAGAGAAUGCUCCCACUUAUAUUUCUUGGGGUGGUAUUGGGUAUUAUUUUUACGAGGUCAAGGAAUUUAAUGCCGUCUAUGCUUUUGCAUAGCCUCUGGAAUGGCUUUGUUUUCUUAGAUUUAAUGAGAUAACUUGUUAGCCUCCUCCUGCGUGUAUAGGUUAUGUAUCGGUUGAUCACAUCUCAGAAGUGUAUAUUUAGACUAAAAUUUUGGACUAUGGUCUCUUCUUUUCAAGGAUGUUGAACGGCAGGUCCCUUAUGAGGCAUGCUGCUUUGGCAUGAUUGACAGUCAUCUUCAGAAUGGUUUGUAGGUCCAGCAAACAUAAUGUAAGUAGUAUCUAGAGAGAUUGGUAGGCCAUUUUAUGAUUUGUCCAAUAGAUCAUCUUUCAUGACUGUAAUUAUACCAGGGACAAAGGGAAAGGAAAACUCUUUGGCCCGAAGAGAUCUUGCCCA